CCCGAGCUCUCCUGAGUACGCCUAUUCGGGUGCGGGCCGCGGCGAGCUGCGGGUGGCAGCCGGGAUGGCCGACCGCGCCGCGCUGGAGGAGCUGGUGCGGCUUCAGGGAGAGCAUGUGCGGGGCCUCAAGCAGCAGAAGGCCAGCGCCGACCAGAUCGAGGAAGAAGUGGCAAAACUCCUGAAACUGAAGGCACAGCUGGAUCCUCAUGAAAGCAGACAGAAGUUUGUGCUUAAAACCCCCAAGGGCACAAGAGACUAUAGUCCCCGGCAGAUGGCAGUUCGUGAGAAAGUAUUUGAUGUCAUCAUCCGCUGCUUCAAACGCCAUGGAGCAGAAGUGAUAGAUACACCUGUUUUUGAACUAAAGGAGACACUAACUGGAAAGUAUGGAGAAGACUCAAAGCUUAUCUAUGACCUGAAAGACCAGGGUGGGGAGCUGCUGUCCCUUCGUUAUGACCUCACUGUCCCUUUUGCUCGAUAUUUGGCAAUGAACAAGCUGUCCAACAUCAAGCGCUACCACAUAGCAAAGGUGUAUCGACGGGAUAAUCCAGCCAUGACCCGAGGCCGUUAUCGUGAAUUCUACCAGUGUGAUUUUGACAUUGCUGGCCAAUUUGACCCCAUGAUCCCUGAUGCAGAGUGCCUGAAGAUCAUGUGUGAGAUCCUAAGUUCACUUCAGAUAGGCGACUUCCUGGUCAAGAUAAAUGAUCGGCGCAUCCUGGAUGGUAUGUUUGCCAUCUGUGGUGUUCCUGAUAGCAAGUUCCGUACCAUCUGCUCUUCAGUGGACAAGCUGGACAAGGUCUGCUGGGAGGAAGUGAAGAAUGAGAUGGUGGGAGACAAGGGCCUUGCACCUGAGGUGGCCGACCGCAUUGGGGAUUAUGUUCAGCAGCAUGGUGGAGUAUCUCUAGUGGAGCAACUGCUCCAGGAUCCUAAACUGUCCCAAAACAAGCAGGCCUUAGAGGGUUUGGGAGACCUGAAGCUGCUGUUUGAAUAUCUGACUCUGUUUGGCAUUGACGACAAGAUCUCCUUUGACCUGAGCCUUGCUCGAGGGCUUGACUAUUACACUGGGGUCAUCUAUGAGGCAGUGCUACUACAGACCCCAACCCAGGCAGGAGAAGAGCCCCUGGGUGUGGGCAGUGUAGCCGCUGGAGGUCGCUAUGAUGGGCUAGUGGGCAUGUUUGACCCCAAAGGGCGCAAAGUGCCAUGUGUUGGCCUCAGCAUUGGGGUGGAGCGGAUAUUCUCCAUCGUGGAGCAGAGACUGGAGGCUUUGGAGGAAAAGGUACGCACCACAGAGACACAGGUGCUUGUGGCAUCUGCACAGAAGAAGCUGCUGGAGGAGAGACUGAAACUUGUCUCUGAGCUGUGGGAUGCUGGGAUCAAGGCUGAACUGCUCUACAAGAAGAACCCAAAGUUACUGAACCAGCUGCAUUACUGUGAGGAAGCAGGCAUCCCACUGGUGGCUAUCAUUGGCGAGCAAGAGCUCAAGGAUGGUGUCAUCAAGCUCCGUUCAGUGACGAGCAGAGAAGAGGUGGAUGUCCGAAGAGAAGACCUUGUGGAGGAGAUCAGGAGGAGGACAAGUGAGCCCUUACACAUCUGCUGAACUACCAACACUAACAGAGGAAAUUGGUCUGGCACUAUUUGAGGCUGAAACAAGACUGCAUAUGUACUUAAAUAAUUUUGCACACUUAAGUUCCAGCAAAAGUUGGCUGAAGGAUGACCAGAACAGAGACUAUUAUUAUUAUCUUAUUAUUGAUAAUCACUGGCAAAAAUAGCCAGGUAGUACUUCACUCUGGGGAGGGGCCUUAUGGAUGUAUUAGUUCAGUCUCUGCCUCCUAAAUUCCUGAGAUAGGCCCGAGAUGGCCUCGUUUGUCGUUUGCAGGGCCAAACAUGACAACUAUCACCAAAAGGUCCAAUAAAUGCCUCAACCUCUGAAA